UCAAUUGUAUGAAUUUCUUGAAACAGAAAACUGUUCUGUAAUUGUUUUAAUAAAAUUUCCUUCCAGAAAGCACAUAAACUUUAAUUUGCUUCAUUUUACUUUCACAGUACAAAAGGUUUCCCUCCAGAGGAAUACAGAAAAUUUUCCCAAAAGAGGGCACCUAAACAACCAAAAAAUUAAAUUGAAAUGUUCAUUUAAUUAAAAAAAAUUGCUUGGUAAAAGAAAUUAUACUAAUUUGUAAAUUGUCUGCUUAUUUAAAUUUAAUGAUAAAUUAAUCUUUAAGUUUUGUCUUUAAAAUGAUACAUAGCAAUCUCCAUACCCGUCCUUACUAAACUAAAAAUAUGUUGAACAUAAUCUCCAUCUCCAGACAAAAUUCUAGUAAACUUCCGACUCUAGAUCUGUAUAUUUUAGAAUCAUGUGCAUAAAUUAGGUUAUGAGUUAAAUCUAAAUUUGCAUAAUUAAUAAAACAAAUGAGCACACUUGUGACAGCUAAAAUAACGCUUUAUAAAUCCUACGUAUGUUGAAGAAGAUAGAUUUUGAGAUGAAUUAUUUAAAAUGAAUUUCAUAUAUAAAGAGGUGCAACAAAGAAGAAGUUAUCAUUACCUUAGAGCCUACAGAGCUCAAGAGUCAUUACAGUAACCUUCUUCAUAUUCAAUCUUAAGAAAAUGACAUUCUCAAAAAUGUAUUCUUUUAUCGGAGCUUUACUCCUGUUUGUUGUGUGUUUAGCAACGAUUGACCUCACAGUAGGAGAGCAAAGGAUUUGCGGUCAUAAAUUACGUGAAGUAAUGGAUAUGGUUUGUCCCAAUGGAUUCCAAGGAUACAAAACAAAAAGAAGCUCAAGUUCCAUUGACGAAGAGCUUAUCGAGGAUAAAAUGGGAGAAGAUUUCAAUUUCGGGCUAAGCCUUGAUAUGUUGCCAUUCCUGACAAGCAUGGAAAACAAUGGUCUAACCCAAAUCCGCCGAAGGAGACAUGGUGUAGCACAUGAGUGUUGUGAUAAACCUUGUAAGAUUAGCGAAAUUCAAGCUUAUUGUAGAUUUUAAGACUCUAAAACUAACUGAUUGGAUAAAACUACAUUUGGAAACUUGACCUAAUUUUUAACUAAAAUAUCAAUUAUUAUAAAAUAAGUAAAUACUUAGAUAAAAUAAAUAAAUAUAUUAAAUGUGAAUUUCAAUUUUUAAAUAAUAUGUUAUAUUAUGUAUUUUGAACUCUUUAAGAUUUAUUCAAGUUAAAUAAUUCAUAUUCUAAAAAUAAACGUUAAUUUAUGACUUU